AGCCCUCUACAGGGACGUCAUGCAGGAGAACUACGAGACGGUGACCUCACUGGGGGGUGCUGGGAUGGUGAAGAAGAAGGAGAAUCCACAGCGGGAAGGUGGUGAGGACGUGGGUCUGCAGGGAACGGUAUUGGGAAGAGCCGAGGGGAAUUUUUACCAGAAUCAUAAACCAGGAAAAACCUGCAAAAACCAGCGCAAGUCAGAGAGGCUGCUGGGAUACGACCCAGGGAAGAAAACGUGUGAACCCAUAAAUCAUGGUGGAAAUUGCGAGGAUCUCGAGGAAACCACAGCCCAGCAGAGAAUCCCCACAGAAGAGAGAAAAAACACAUGCACUGAGUGUGGGAAAAGCUUUAUGCGCAGAUCACAUCUUAUUUCCCAUCAGAGGAUCCACACUGGAGAGAAACCGUAUAAGUGCCUUGUCUGUGCGAAAGGUUUCAAUCAGACCGCAAACCUUAUUUCACAUCAGAGGAUCCACACAGGGGAAAAACCCUAUAAAUGUCUCGAUUGUGGGAAAGGUUUCAAUCAGGGUUCACAUCUUAUUAGGCAUGAGAGAACCCACACAGGCGAGCAACCUUAUAAAUGUCUUGACUGUGGGAAAGGUUUCAUUCAGAGCUCACAUCUUAUUAGGCAUGAGAGAACCCACACAGGUGAGAAACCCUAUAAAUGCCUGGACUGUGGGAAAAGCUUUGUUCUGAGCUCAGAUCUUAUUUCACAUCAGAGUAGCCACACGGGAGAAAAACCCUAUAAAUGCCUGCACUGUGGGGAGAGUUUUGAUUGGAACAUGCAGCUUGUUAGACAUCAGAAGCACCACACGGGUGAGAAACCCUACAAAUGCCUGGAUUGCGGGAAAGCAUUUAGUGACAGUUCUGCCCUUAUUAUUCAUCAGAGAGUCCACACAGGAGAGAAACCUUAUAAAUGCCUCGACUGUGGGAGAAGAUUCAAUCGGAGCGCGCACCUUACUAGACACAAGAGAACCCACACGGGAGAUAAGCCCUAUAAGUGUCCAGACUGUGGGAAAAGCUUCAAUCAGAGUGCGUACCUCAUUUCACAUCAGAGAACUCACACAGGAGAGAAACCCUAUAAAUGCCUCGAGUGUGGGAAAAGAUUCAGCUGGAGCUCCAAUCUAAUUUCACAUCAAAGGACUCACACAGGAGAGAGACCGUAUAAGUGCCUGGACUGUGGGAAAAGGUUUAUUGACAACUCUGCCCGUAUUAAACAUCACAAAAUCCAUACAGGAGAGAAGCCCUACAAAUGCCUCGACUGUGGGAAGAGUUUCAGUCGGAGAUCAACCCAUGUUCGACAUCAGAGAAUCCACAUGGGAGAGAAACCUUGAAUGUUGGAGACGCUUCAGCUGGGGUCAGCUUGUAUCAGGCAUCAGGAAAUCCAUACAGGGAACAGACCUCUUAAAUAUCUUUAACUUGGAAAAUAUUUCAAGUGGGAUUGACAUUGGAGACGCCACACAGGAGAGAAAUUUUAUCAGUUCCAUCACUAGGACUGGCUUUAGUUUUUUUUUUUUUUUGAAAAUCCAAUUCCCCUGCAGAUGUCUUUGAUUUCAUUCAUGCUAAGUCAGACUCAUGAGGGCUGGAGAUUUAAGUGUCACAGACCUGGAGGAGAAAUUCAAAUGAAUCCCCCAUGCUAUGUGAUGGUUCUGAGCUUAAAUCCCAGUGUACACAUACUGGUGAAGCAGCUUCUGGUAUCUUUCCUACCAAUCUCCGAUUAUUUGCAGACAGUAGUUUUGGUUUUCUCCUUUCAUUAGGAUGAUGAUAAAAGUUUUGUAACUAAGGUGGCCGUGUAAGGAGGCUCCAAACAGGGCAGGUGGAGAACAUGGGUAAGUCUGUUCUCCUGAUUUUGAAUAAUCUGAAACAAGCUCCGGGAUGUUGAUUAUUAUGAAACCGAGAGUGUCUUAGAGUCCACCCUGUAUUGUGGAUUGUUCUCUAUUUGCUAAAGGCCAUUUGGUCACCUAGUAAGAUAUUAGUUUUGUUUUACAGGACAUCUUGCAGAUUUAGUGGGGACGCCAUAAGACAAAUGACCACUUGCUAGAACAGUCUUAUUUUACUGGUACCAUUUUAUGACCCUUUCCAUGAGAUCUUAGUGUUGUUGGAACAAUGAUUAUCAUAUGGCACCAUCAGCACAAACACCGAUGGGGCCAAGAGGCAGAGACUGAAAUGGGGAAGGAAGUUCCUGCUGGAUCCCUGCAGUGAUGGGAGAUAGGGUCGGGAGAGAGAUAAGGGGCUGGGAAACUGCAGGGUUUUCUCUGGAGAGCCAGACAGCCGAGGCUGAGAAUUGUUAACUUGCUGGGGCCAGAGAGAGACAGGAACUAGCCUGGGAUCACUGGGUGAAACUGUCCCUGAAUCCCAAAGGGCUACAAAUGACGCUGCUUGUGGAGUUGCUGGGUCUAUCAGUGAUUCCUGGGUGAACGAGGCUGAGCAGAGGUAGGAAGGAAACUAGGGAAGCCAGCUGACGUCCAUCACUGCGACUGGAGGGCAAUGGAGAGUCUGUGAACCAAGAUGGUCACCGCUAACCCCUCCACAGCGUCCUUGACGGAGACUCUCUCUGUCACGCUCGCCACAUGCACGCCAAGGACGUCCCUGGGGGAUAAACCCCUCAGCCGGGAUUGGAGAUGCUGCACCGUUCUCCGGCUCCCAUUAACCCGAGCUCCUUGGCUUUCCUGCUCUCACAGUGUUUGCCUCUGUGACUGAAUCCCAGCGUCUCUAAUGGAUCCUCUGCAUUUUUCUGCCCACUGUACAACGUUGCUCCGUUGCUGAUGCCUGUGGGAGCCAGGAGCAGCACUGUGCUGAGCCGGGGCUGAAACGCCGUGUGCUGAGCUGGGCUCUGGGUGUGAGG